GAGAGAGAGAGAGAGAGAGAGAGAGAGAGGAUAACGUAACAAGGAGAAACAGAGCUCACCAGAAUCCAUGGCGUCGCUCUCCAUCGGCAUCGCCACCGUCUCCUCCGUCCGUACAAUUCCACGACAAAUUUCAAGACGGAGAAUAUCCAGUGUCUGGGAUCCCAAAGGCUUGUUCGGGCCACCGCAGACAGGGCACCUCGCCCGCCUCGAGUUCAAGAGACGGCUAGAGAGAGACGCUGAGGCAAGAGAAGCCUUUCAGAGGCAAAUCCGUGAAGAGAAAGAGCGUCGACAAGCUCUUAGAAAAUCUAGGGUUAUACCAGACACUGCAGCAGAACUGAUCGAGUACUUUCUCGAUACAGAAGCUCAGGAGAUUGAGUUUGAGAUCGCGAGGUUGAGGCAGAGGUUGAACGACGAAUUCUUCUCGCAGAUACGUCUUGAAAUAGGGCAACUAAGAUUUGCUGUUUCGAAGACAGAGGAGAUGGAGGACAGGCUGAUCGAGCUCGAAGCACUUCAGAAAGCCUUGGAAGAAGGAAUAGAGGCCUAUGAUAAAAUGCAGAAUGAGCUUAUAACAGCUAAGAACAGCCUAACCAAGAUCUUGACCACAAGUGACGUAAAAGCAACGUUGUUGGAAAUGGUUGAGAAGAACGAACUCAAUAGAUCUUUAUUGGCACUCCUCGACGAAAACAUAGCAAAUGCAUACAGGGGAAACCAGAAACAAGCUGCGGAGUACAUGGAGAGUAUUCGUGGUUCGGUUCUUAAGUACUUGACGGUAUGAGAUCGUUGGUAAAGGCUGUCUGGUUUUGGAUGUUUCUUGCGCACCAAGUAAUGUUUCUUGUGGAUUAUAAGUAAAAAAAGGGUAAAGAUGUUCUUGUUUAUUACUUUUAAGAGCAAAAAAAAAAUGUUUGAAAUGUUU